AUGUCAAAGGAUAUGAAAACGAGCACUUUCAGAGUACUUUGGAAAGCGAAGAUAUGGAAUAUGAAAAAAUUUAAGUGUGAAGAGGACCUCCUAAUAUUUUGGAGAAGAAAGUAUCUUAGAAGGAAGGAGGAAAGACCAUUAAGUUUUUCUGAGACCCAGCAAGAGCAGCAGCUCUGUGAUCAAAUCAUCACAUUUCCCUGUUCCAUGUGCAAGAAGGAAAUUGACCUACCUGGAUUUUUCCUCCACAAAAAGCAACAUGUCGCUCUGGCCACACUGGGUCUUGAAUGGAAGAGUGGAACUACACCAGCACGCUCAGCGAUUGCUGGUAAGAGAAAGUUUACCAUUACUAAACUACUGUCAUCUUCUACAUUUACUGAAAAAGGCCUAGAGAGCAUGAAUAAUGCUUUAGAAGUACUUUGGAAGAAACAAAUGCCAGAGUACUAUAAGAUCAUGGAAAACAUUCACAAUAGUACCAUCCAUUCGCAAAGAAUCUGUCAUCUAUUAAUUAAAGGAGCAGCCGUUUGCACUGACAAGAAUUCUACAUGGAAAGUGGACAUGAACGAUAAAUUCACUAUAGCGAAUAAUUUUGGCAGUAAACUGGAUGUGUGCUUCUUCGGUUUGUUUGAUGGGCAUCAUGGUCCAACAGCAGCAGACUUUGCAUUCAAGGAACUCCCAGUUUUACUUCUCCAUCAGCUGUCCAAAUUUGAUCCUUCCUACCAAAUGACCCUUAAAGAGCAAAAAUUAAUCAAUUCUUUCCAGACAGUGUUUAGGAAAGAGUACAUCGCUCUAGAAAACCUCUUCUCUGUAAACAAAGAAACAAAUGAACCGCCGUGUAAGCAUGAGAACAUACACAAAGCCUUUGCCAAAGCCUUUUGGAGAAUGGAUAGGCUUUUACGUCUUGGGAGGGAAGAAGUAUCCAGGGUUCGAUGGAGCGGCUGUUCUGCAGUUGCCUGUAUAUUGGAAGGCAAAUUCACGAGUUCCAAGGCCAAGAAGAAUCAGAGACUCCCUGACCAUGAUGAUUGGUCAGAGAGAUUCCCUGCCCAGAGGGUGCCGCUAGUAAUUUCUGGAGAACUACAUAUUGCACACACUGGUAAUGUACAAGCAGUCUUAUGCAGAAAUGGAAAAGGCUUUUGCCUAACCAAAGAACAUACUCUGAGAAACAAAAAGGAAAAAAAGAGAGUACUUGAGAAUGGAGCAAGAAUUAGUUCAAAUGAACCAUAUGGACUCCUAGAAGGGCAAACAAAAACCACAAGAGGACUCGGGUUUCAUGGAAAUCCCAAACUGAAAAAGUUCAUUAUUCCAGUACCUCAAACUAUGUCUGUCCCUAUAGAUGACUUAUGUCAAUUCCUUAUCUUAGCUACUAAUGGACUUUGGCAAGUUCUGGAUAAAAAGGAAGUCACUGCAUUGGCAAUAACAAUGUUUCAAAUGUAUAAAGAAAUACACUAUUUUAACAUAAAAAAAAGAUUAUCCAAAGAUCCUCUGUUUUUCCCAGUCUUUGAAAAAAAGGCUACUGAACCAGAAAGUAAUACUCACACAUUGUUUCAGCGUAAAUCUGAAGAAUGGGUGCCAAGUACAAAUUUAAAAGAAAAAUUGUCUGGUGUAAAAAAUUCUAAGAAUUUCACCUGUGAUCCUAAAAAUACACAAACAUUUCUAUCAGAAAUAACUAAUUGUGAUACUUGCAGUGAGAAAGCAACUGAUAAGCCAACCCAUGUAGAUGGUGUGCCAAGAGAUUCAAUUGGAAAACAAAAAAUAUACCCCAAGCAUUUCUAUGAAGCUGCAGCUGAGUAUAUCAGCCACGGACUUGUAAGUGCUGCUUUAGUGGCUGGCUCCAGAGACAACAUUACAGUUAUGGUAAUACUUCUCAAUGGAAGUGAAUAUCAGUUUCUGAAAUGA